AUGGUGAUGUCGCCGUCGUCCUUCCCGGCCACAUCGGUCUCCGACGCCGUCGCCUCCGACGGCGACGGCUUACCGCACGCGGCCAAGAAGAUGUGGACCAAGAGAGAGGACGACCUGCUGCGGGAGCAGGUGUGUCGGUGCGGCGGCCCGCACAACUGGGACUCCAUCUGCCGAGGCCUGCCCGGCCACAACUCCAAGUCGUGCCGCCUCCGCUGGUGCCAGCACCUCGACCCCAGGGUGGAGGCCGUCAAGCCCUUCACCCAUGAGGAGGACAUGCUCAUCGUCAAGUACCAGGCCACCUACGGCAACCGCUGGUCCACCAUCGCCGAGUUCCUCUCCGGCCGCACCGACAAUGCCAUCAAGAACCGCUGGAACUCCGUCCUCCACAAGCACGCGCCCUCCCUGCAGGGGCACCCGCGCCCGUGGGCUCCUUCCGCCGCCCGACAGGCUGUGAGCCCCGAGGUCACGCCUGGGUGUCUGCCAUUGUUUCCUCUGGCGAGCGGGGAUGUCAGGAUGUCCCCUCGUUCGACCGGGGACGUGUCGGAGGCUGAGACAUGUGCGACGGCGAGGGAGUGCCUCGAGAUGUUCCCUCUGGCGCCCGGGGAUAUCAGGGCCAAUGCGGCUGCUGCGGCGCCGCCCAGUGACAUGACUUGCGGAGUAGGCGACCCGCUCACCGAGCUGAGGCUCUGGUCGGCGGCGAGAGUGGUGUUCGACGUAAUGCCGCUCCAGGCUUACCGGAUGUAG